ACUCGUCCCAGCAUAACCUUUCUAAAUCACUCCGCCAGUAGCCAGAGAACAGAAAAUAGUCCCGCAGGUAAUGCGGUUUAUUAAAACUAAUACUCAACCCUAGACCGUUGCCAUCAUAAUUAAUCGUAUAAAUAAACAACAUUGAAAAAUUACGAACAAUUUCGGACUUAAUCAUUACGCAUUCCGGGUUUUGCAUUUCCGCGGGCAGACGACGUGCCGGUCCGAGCCCUUCAAAACAACGGUCUCUCGGAACCUCUUUUCGCACUUACAUUGAGUGACUGGAAGAGAUUCCAUAAAAGGAGCUUGCAUAGGUCUAAGCCCCACACUAUUUUGUAUGCCCAGCUCGCGUUCAUUUUGUGGAAUUCUGGCUUAUUCUUUUAAAAUUUUGGUUUAAAUGCACCAGGUUGGCUUCUCCUCUGGACCGUGCUCCAAACUUUCUGCAUUAGGUUUGAGCAACUGGAAGAUAUUCAAUAAUAACAACUUAUUUCAGUCAAAGGCCCACACAUUUUUGUCUGCCCCGUUCACCUUCUUUUUUUGAAAUUUUGUCUCAUUCUUUAGAAGUUUUGGUCUGUGUGAGAGAGGUCGGCUUCUCCUCUGGACCGAGCUCCAAACUUUCUGCAUUAGGUUUGAGCAACUGGAAGAGAUUCGAUAAUAACAACUUAUUUCAGUCAAAGGCCCACACAUUUUUGUCUGCCCCGUUCGCCCUCAUUUUGAGAAUCAAUCUUUAUUUUGGGAGAAACAUCGAAUAAUCUGUGCCAAUGUGGGGAUAAAACGGCCAAGGGACUACUUUCGGAAAGGUUACGCUGGGACGAGUAUACCAUAAAUGUUUUUCUGUCAACUUCAAGUACCUUCUGCUAGGUCGUAACAUCGCAAUAAAUUUAAUGUUUGUUGUAGAAAAAUGUAAGUACCUCAUUACGAAGGAAAUGUAAUUUACAGUUGGCUUAUUUUGUGCUUAAGUCCUGUCGGAAUAACCCCAACACGAACAACCAUUUUAAUCUGCCUGUUGUGUUAAAAACCUCCCAUAAUCAUGCUUAGCAGGCCCACACAACUGGCUUUGAAACGAAAGUCAGUGGCAAAACUGUGUGGCAAAAAAUGUCCAGAUUUGGCGCGUAACUUUACUAGCAGCACUGUGUUGAAAACCGUCAGUAGCAGUCUCAGUGACAGUGUCAUCAACAAUGUGGCUGAUAACAACCGCCCAUUGCCACGAGAGGCAAAAGUUGUCAUUUGUGGAGCAGGUGUUAUGGGAGCAUCCGUUGCAUACCAUCUGGCUGAGCUUGGAUGGGGCUCUCAUACAGUUCUGGUUGAUCAGGGCAACAUUGGCGGAGGCGCAACAGGCCACACUGCUGGGCUUGUUGGAGUUUUUAAACCAAGUUUGGCUCAGGUUCGCCUGGUUCAAUCAACGGUUUCUCUGUACAAAUCUUUGGAGGAGAGAGGGCUGCCCACUGGCUGGAAACAAUGUGGAAGCUUAUGUUUAGCCAAAACUCGAGAUCGUAUGACUGUUUUUCGUCGUAUGCAGGCUCUCUCGGUCUCUUGGGGCAUUGAUUGCAAAUUGGUGACACCAGAGGAAAUAUCCAAGUUAUGUCCUCUUGUCCGCACUGAUGAUUUAAAGGGUGGAAUCUGGAUCCCUGGCGACGGGGUCGGUGAUCCUCUUCAGAUAUGCCAAUCCUUAGUCAAAGUAGCCCAACAGGGAGGAGUCCAUGUUUUAGAAGGGUGUUCUGUGAAACGAGUGGUAAGCAGUAAUGGCCGCAUAGUGGCUGUUGAUACAUCUCAUGGCACUGUUGAGUGCCAAUACUUUGUGAACUGUGGUGGGUUUUGGGCGCGGCAAAUAGGGCAAAUGAGUGAGCCAUUUGUAAAAGUGCCUUUACAUCCUUGUGAUCAUUACUAUCUUCAUACUCGUCCUGUUUCUGGAUUGGAUCCCAUGACUCCAGUGGUUAGAGAUCAGGAUAACCAUAUAUAUUUCCGCGAAAAUGAUGGCUGUUUAAUGUUAGGAGGAUUUGAACCUGUUGCUAAACCAGCUUUUGAGGAUGGGCUCUUACCAGCCUCAUCCUCAGCAAGGAAGCUGCCUGAAGAUUGGGAUCAUUUUCAUGUUUUGUUGGAGCAAAUGUUACACAGAGUUCCAAUAUUAGGAGAGACGGCACUGGAUCGGCUUGUCAAUGGACCAGAAGCAUUUUCUCCUGACUGUAAAUGGAUCUUAGGAGAGGCCCCUGAAAUUCAAAACUAUUUUGUGGCAGCUGGAAUGAAGACAGUUGGCAUUUCAGCAGCAGGUGGUGUGGGUCAUUCCACAGCCAACUGGAUUGUUAAUGGCUUUUCUUCGUAUGAGAUGUAUGAAUUGGAUAUAACACGAUUCCUUGGUUUACACAAUAACAGAAAAUUUUUGAGAGACCGUGUGAGGGAAGUUCCAGGACUUCACUAUGCUAUCAAUUACCCAUUUUCUGAGUUCAGCACUGGGCGCAACCUUCGAAUGUCUCCCAUCUAUCCAAAGUUGAGAGAAGCUGGUGCUGUCUUUGGCCAAGUGAUGGGUUAUGAAAGACCUGUUUACUUUGAUCCAGAUGGCUUAUUGUCAAAUGUAACUGCUGACCCAGGAGCAGAGAAACCAUUUCGUAUAGCGGAAACUCGAACAUUUGGGAAACCAGAUUGGUUUGAUAUAGUGAGUGAGGAAUAUUCAGCUUGUAGAGAAAGUGUGGGUCUUUGUGAUUAUUCAUCCUUCACUAAAAUUGAUCUUUGGUCAAAGGGCAAUGAGGUAGUGGAAGCUCUCCAAUAUCUAUGUUCCAAUGAUGUUGAUGUACCGAUUGGAAGCAUAAUUCAUACUGGAAUGCAAAACUCAAGGGGAGGCUAUGAAAAUGACUGCAGCCUUGCCAGAUUGGCAGAAAAUCAUUAUAUGAUGAUAGCACCAACAAUACAACAGACGCGCUGUAAAGUGUGGAUCCAACGCCAUUUGCCACCUGAUGGAUCUGUAGCAUUGUCUGAUGUAACAUCCAUGUACACAGCUAUUUGUGUUAUGGGACCUUUAACACGAACUCUCCUUUCUGAGCUUACUGACACUGAUCUAAGUCCUCAAUCUUUUCCAUUUUUCACAUUCAAGGAAUUAGACGUUGGUCUAGCAAAUGGCAUUCGGGCCAUGAAUCUAACACACACAGGUGAAUUAGGAUAUGUUUUAUACAUACCUAAUGAGUUUGCCCUUCAUGUUUACACACGUUUAAAGGAAGUAGGAGAGAGGUAUGACCUCCGUCACACAGGCUAUUAUGCCAUGCGUGCAUUACGAGUGGAAAAGUUUUUUGCCUUCUGGGGCCAGGACUUGGACACAACAACAACUCCUUUGGAAUGUGGUAGAUCGUGGCGUGUUAAGUUUGAGAAAGGAAUGGACUUCAUAGGGAGAGAGGCCCUGCUGCAACAGCGUGAUGAAGGUGUGAAACGAAUGUACGUUCAGUUAAUACUUCAGGACCAUGAUCCGGAUUUAGAUUUAUGGUGUUGGGGUGGGGAACCAAUUUAUCGGGAUGGAGAGUAUGUUGGGGCAACAACCACCACAGGAUAUGGUUACACCUUCAAAAAACAGGUUUGCCUUGGAUUCAUCCAGAAUUUUGACCCAAACAAAAUUCCUCAGAGAGUGACAUCAGACUUUGUUCAGUCGGGCAGCUAUGAGGUCGACAUUGGUGGUAUUCGAUACCCCGCCAAGGUGAACUUGCAUUCUCCAAACCUCCCUACUAAGUUCCCUGACAAAGAGAGGGAAGCAUACCAAGCAACUCGAGUCAAAGUUGGCGUGAGCGAGCCAAUACUCAAAGUGGUUACCUCAUAGUGUGGACAUUGUCUUCCUACUGUUUGGUCUGAUAUUUCUGUGAUUUUCUGCUCUAUUUUUAUUGCAUGCCUUCUUUAUCUUUAAUAGCUAUUUGUAUGAAGUGUUGCCCUUAAAAUAAAUUAAAUUGUUGUCAGGAUUUGUUUUAGUUUUGUAAUUGCUGUUGUGUUUGUAGGUAUGCUCAAUUUUUGUUUGUCAGCCUUCAGCUAUCUAACAAAUGAAACUUAAUGUGAUUCAUCAGUUCCUUUCUUCCUUUGCCUGUUGUCAAUUAAUCCAUUUUAAGCUUGUUGUUAUGGCAGCUCUGUUUUGUUACAACAUAUUUAUGUUAAUACCGUUACUGUUGCGACCAAUGCUUGUAGAUUUAAUGGUCAUUCUACACCUGAUUUGUUAUCAAAGUCAUCCUUCAAUUAGUAAUUUGAAUUUGUAAAUGAAGUAUUGUUUAACUUGUGUCCCUAAAAGUUCUGUAUCCUAGUCCUAGUCACUGUUCUCAGAUACAUCUGCAUUGAAUCAAAGCUGUCCUGUACAUUUUCAUUUUUGUCUAUACUGUAUAUUUAUGAUGUAGGUGUUAGUAAUCUUUGUAACAGUGUAAAUCAUUGAUGUAAAUUUUUAGAAUCUACCUUGUUGCCAACUUUACCUAGUUUUGUAGAAGGUUUUGUACAUAGUUAUUGAGGUUCCUCUAGAAACAGUCUUUUGAUGUGAGGUGUGUUUUGGAUCUGUGAUAAUAAUACUCAAUAAUAGACUAAAAAUCUAAAAUGUUCGAAUUGUAUCUUCCCAUGCACUUACAAGUUGUGCUGCCUUGAUAAAUGUUCAAUAAAAAUUGUGCGACUGUAAGCUUUAAAAAGAGCUUUUAAAUCAUAGAGGAACUUUGUGGGAUAUGUAUCAUUUUUUUUUUUUAUUAAAUUAUGGUCACUGCAGUAUUUACACAGCUAACUGCUCUGUCCUACCUUAUUUUCUUAAAACUUUUGUCACAAAUUUUAGACUGCAUUAAUUAUUUUCUAUCCAGACAAGAGGUUUGAAAUGUGGUGAUAAGAUAGCUAACUAAAAUUUACUUGCUUAUGUAUGAUUGAGGCUUGGCUUCACAUUUAGAGGUUUUUUUUUACAGUUAUGAUUUUGAUGUUGUUGUUGGUGGGCGUGUGUCUUUGUUUCGUCUCUUUUCCUCGCCAUUAAAAACAUAAACCAGUGA